AUGCACACUGGCUUUCGACGGCCGUUCUGUUUCUGCCGCGUAGGCACUUGCAACGACGUCAAUUAUGAUAGGUGGUUAGGACGAGCGCAGAAACAGACCGACAACGAUGUCUGCAAGCCGAUGUCAACAUCAGUAAACAACCCGUUAUUCGCCUCGGCAGUGGACGAGCAUUGCUGGGUGUACAACAGCGCAGAUGCACGUCUGUCAGCGAUAGCCGGACGGGACCAAGUCACUUAA